CCAGAUUCUUUAAGCGCAAGGGCCAGUUGUGUACUAAUAGUAGAUUUGCCUACGCCGCCUUUUCCAGAAAGGACUAAUACCACGUGUUUCACUCCUUCUAACAUCUCGCAACAUAAAAAUAUAAACAAAUUAUGACUGCACGUAGUUUACACAAUAUUUAGUUCUGUUUUUACCUAGAUAGCACUGUUACUAUAAUCAAUGUAUAUACAUACAGCAUUGAUUGGUUGAAACUUUUGCGUUUUAUUUAAAAGUAGUAUUUGAAAUAUUAUUGAUUUCACCACGAUUAAAUCGAUUGAGAAGUUCUAACAAUGUUUGUUAUUAUUAAUGUUUUUAAGUAUUAAUUAUAAAACACACUAGGAGAUGUAUAUUUCACAUAUUUUUUGAAAUAUUUUAAACUGUUAAUUGAAACGUCAUACGAUCCAGAAGUAAUCAAUAAGCGUGCACCUGUUUAUGAUGACAUUUAAAAAUGAUUUUGUCAAGAGCAAAACCAGCUUCUUCAGAAGGAUCAAGAUUAUCUGCAUCACGUACUAAUAUACCAAAGUUAGAAGAAUUUUUAGAAAAACGUGACUACAUAGGUGCUUUAACCCUUUUAGAAUUUAACAGUACUUCUGGCAGUAAUUUAGAAUCAGAAUUAUGGAUGGGUUAUUGUGCCUUUCAUCUUGGAGACUACAAGCGAGCUCUCACUAUUUAUGAAAAUCUUAAAAAAAAAGAAAAUGUUCUAGUCGAUUUAAUUACAAACUUAGCAUGUUGUAAUUUUUAUCUUGGGAUGUAUCCGGAAGCAUAUAAAUUAUUGGAAGAAGCACCUGAUAGUAAAUUGAAGACAAGACUUUUAUUUCAUUUAGCACACAAAAUGGGUAAUGAAGCAAAGUUGCUGGAGUAUCAUCAAAUGUUACAUGAUGUUUUGGAAGAUCAACUUAGUUUGGCAUCCAUACACUAUCUUAGAGCACAUUACCAAGAGGCUAUUGAUGUUUAUAAACGGAUAUUGCUUGAUAACAGCAAAGUGGAUGAAAAAAAAGAAAACAGUUUUAUGCAUGAAACUGAUUCAGAAGUAUAUUUUAUUACACAAUUAAAAAAUUGCAGAGAUUAUGUAGCUUUAAAUGUAUAUGUAGCUUUGUGCUACUAUAAGUUAGAUUAUUAUGAUGUUGCACAAGAAGUUCUGCAAGUGUACUUACAAAAAUUUCCAGAUAGUGCAAUUGCAAUCAAUUUGAAAGCUUGUAAUCAUUUUCGUUUAUAUAAUGGUAAUGCUGCACAAGCUGAAAUGAAGCAGCUUAUAGGAAAGAUAUCAAGCUCUUUUAGUUUUGGACAUGAUCUUAUUCGUCAUAACACUGUUGUAUUUCGAAAUGGGGAAGGAGCUUUACAAAUUUUACCAAAUUUAGUAGAUGUUAUACCAGAAGCUCGACUUAAUUUGGUAAUAUAUUAUUUAAAGCAAGAUGAUAUAAAGGAAGCAUAUGAACUUAUUAAAGAUCUUGAACCUGCUGUUCCACAAGAAUACAUUUUAAAGGGCAUAGUAAAUGCUGUGAUGGGUCAGGAAAUAGGUUCUCGUGACAAUAUAAAAACUGCUCAACAAUAUUUUCAAUUGGUGGGUUCUUCUGCAUCAGAAUGUGAUACCAUACCUGGUAGACAAUGUAUGGCAUCUUGCUUUUUCCUUUACCGACAAUUUGAAGAAGUUCUGGUUUAUUUAAACUCAAUUAAAACUUAUUUUUCUAACGAAGAUAAUUUUAAUUUUAAUUAUGCACAAGCACAAUCUGCAGCAGGUUAUUUUAAAGAGGCAGAAGAAGCUUUCUUGAUGAUACACAAUGAAAAAUACAAAAAUGAUUAUAUUUACAUCAAUCUUCUGGCUUAUUGUUAUAUUAUGAAUAAAAAAGCAAAACUUGCAUGGGAGUUAUAUUUAAAAAUGGAUACAUCAACAGAAUCAUUUAAUUUAUUGCAAAUGAUUGCGAAUACUUGUUACAAAGUAGGUGAAUUUUGGUAUGCUGCUAAAGCAUUUGAUAUGUUAGAACGAAUGGAUCCUAGUCCAGAACACUGGGAGGGUAAACGUGGAGCUUGUUGUGGUACAUUUCAAUAUAUUGUCGCAGAAAAACAACCAACAGAUCUACUUCCUGAAAUAAUUCUUUUGCUUAGAAAUACAUCUAAUUCACAAGUGGAACAAAUUAUUCGUGUUAUGCGUAAAUGGGGUAAAGAUAACAGGAUUAAUUGUUAAUGCUGUGAUGUAUAAUGAUUUAAUAAUCAAUUCCGUCCAUUAAUGGCCUUGUUUCUUAUUUUCUUUUGUAUUCUAUGAAAAUAUCGUUAAUUGGCAAAACAAUAAUGGGACCAACGUGAAUGCUCAAAAACUAUUGUUGUUUUGUUAUGAAACAACACUGCUUGUGGUUGCUGCUUUAAUAUAAAAUAGAUAUAUUUAAACCGUGAUACACUCAUUUGUAUAAUAAUAAUUACGAUAUAAUAAUAAUAAUAACCUUUAACAAACAUAAUUGAAGUAUUUUAAAAACGCCAUAAUUUAUGACGUACUAUUUUUCUUCUACUUUCAUGUACGAUUAGCCGACGUCCUGUAGCAUAAAUUUGAAAAAUUUUUAAACAUAUUUAUAUGUUAUAAAGUAACUUGAAUCAUACACACUUCUUCGAAAAUAUUUCUACUGAAUAGAUGCUACAAUGAAACUAAAAGAAAAAGAUUUAAUUUAAAAUAAAAGAUAAAAUUUAAAGUUUUAAUGUUUAUAACAUAAAAAAACAAAAUAAAUUUUAAUCUAUAAGUUCUUUGUAAUAUUUUGUUAAAAAAAAUGAAAAUAACAAGUACUUUUUUCAGUAAAAUUAAACUUAAUUAUUUGAUUGAUGAUACUAAAAGAUAUUUUCCAUUUUAUUCAUAAAAUGCAUUAUUACUUAGCCAGUACUAGUACAAAUAUAGAGAAGGAGUGCCUAGUACCAAUUAUUUCUACAUAGUUACAUAUAAAAAUAGCACCAAAAUGAUUAACGAUAUACAUACUAGCAUGUUAAUGCAAAUUUCAUUUUGUAUGAUAUCGAUUCUUCUCUGAAAUACAUCUUAUUUCUCGGCACUCAUUCUCUAACUAUGUUUAUCUACAUUUGAGUCUUUAGUACAGUCCGUCAGGUGAAAUAACUUUAAUAGUCCACGCUAGUAUUCAAUUGUUACACUCCAUAAUUUAAAAAAGAUCACCGUUUUUCAAUUGCACGAUACAUACACUCAGUAUCCGUUUCAUCAAACGUUGACACUCUAAGAUCAAGUUAAAAUUGAUUAUGCUAAAGGUGUAAAUAUAGUAGUAAUAAAGCAGAAAGUAUAUGCAGUGUUCAUUUAAAGUCA